AUGGAAGUUCUGGAGGCCAGUGAUGAGGGAAAGGAGAAAUCCAAAUUUAAAGGCUUCAAGAGAUUUUUUGGCAAGAAGAAGAAAAAAGAGCCUGAAGAUGCCCAGGGAAAGAGGAGGCUCAAACCAAGCUUGUCCAGUGACAGUAUUAACAUCUCUUCUGUGAAGCCAGUUUGGGAAGGUCAACAAACCAAGCCUGGGGCCAAGAGCAGCAUGGGGAACAAAGCCCUGUCCCAUGACAGCAUCUUCAUGUUGGAGUGUGAGUCUGAAAGAUCAGGAAGCAGAAUAUGCCCCUCUCCAGAGGUCCAGAGAGGCAGACUGCUUCAGAGAUCUCAUGAUUUUAGAACUCUGCCUAGAGCUUGGACUGGUAGUACGCAUGGGGCUGUGCCCAGAAGUGGAGUCUGGGUUGCAGGCACCAAGAUCACUGAGAUCCCACCAUGGCGCCCACGCCAACCCAGCAUCAGCCCACCUCUUAUUCGAUCUGACACAGUCUCUAAGGAUUUUGAAGAAAUCUCUGCUGAUGAUGAGUCACCGAAGAGCCCACGAAAGAAGGGUUCAUCACACAUGAUCUUGACAUUGAAGAAGAGUUCCCUGCAGCAUAGCACUCAGAGAUCAGAAACUUCAAAUCUAGAUGAACCACUUCCAAUAGAACCAAAGCAGGAGAAGCCAAGCCUUCCACUGGCUUCUGAAGAAGAGAAAAGCACAACCGAACCGAAGGAAGCUGACCAAAAGAAGGCGAAAAAAGACAGUACAGGUGCCUCAGGCUGGGAACAGAGAAACAAAACUGGGAUUUAUGAACAGAAGACAACAGAUCAGGCUGCAAACAGAGAUGCUGCUGAGAGUCAGGGCUACCCAUUUCCAGCAGCAUACAGAAGACAAUGUGGAAGAAGAGGCUCAAGUACUUCAGAAGCAAGUGAGCAUGGAUCCAAAGGAAGAAGCUUUAAACCAUCCAGUCGAGCACUUGGCCUAGGUAAUGGAGCUGGGUCCCCACCUGCCGGUAAGACUGCCAGGGAUUUCCUUUCCUGGCACCUGACCUUGGAAAAGCAAGUCAUGGAGCAGCCCCCAACGGCACGAACAGAAAGCGCUACUCCUCAGGAGCUGCUUUCAGAUAAAGAUGACAUGGGAAGGAGAAAUGCCGGUACAGAUUUUGAAGCCAGAAAAGCAUCAGCAUCACAACCCAUACCUGAAGACAUGGAAGCGUCCAUGGUUAGUGGUCUGUCACCAUCCCAUGAAGAUGGGGCUUCUGGAGCCAAGAAGACAGAAGCCGGAGCUGCUCUUUUACCCGUGGUAGGAAGCCCUUCUACAACCCAAGAUAUUUUCUCAGUGACACUGGAGGAUCAGGGGUUUCUGGAUCCUUCUCAUAGCCAGUCAGAAGAGGAAGAAGCGUCCAGCUUUGAUUUGAAAAGUGUCCAAUUUAAAAUGAAGUCAGAUCAAGAUACCUACAAAGAAAAGUCUCCUGGAAACGUUCUCCAGGGCUUUACAGCAAGCAUUUCAGAUACCGUGAGAGCUUUGGUAGAGGGAGGUAUUUCUGCAGAGAGGCUGCCUCCCAGAAGCCUUUCCCCGUCCUCGGGGAAGCUGAAAGCUGAAGCCGUUGCCUCAGAUUCAGAGAGCACUUCAGAGGCGGGCAGUCGUCCGGAGCAGCAGCUGGCUCCUGGAUAUUUUUUCCAGCCUUCGAAGAAGCACAAGAAUGAACAAGAAGUCUUCCCAGAAUCAGAAAGUUUUGUCGUGCAGAUGAGCAGUUCCGAUGAGCAGCUGGCUCCCAGAUGCGCUUCCCAGGCUUUGGGGGAGCCUGAAGAUGAAGUCUCCACAGGGUCAAAUAGUUACGUCGAAAAGUACAGUAGUGCUGAGGAUUGGAGCAGCUGUGAGGAAAAUCAGCCUCCCAGACCCCCUUCGCAGGCCUUGGGGAGGCCCAAAGACCAAAAAGAAGUCUCCUGGGCUUCAAAGAACGUACCUGGAGUGUGGGGUGCUUCUGUGCAGCAGACGCCGACCAGGCACCCUUUCCAGUCCUGGGUGGGCCCUACAUCCGAGCAACAAGCAGGUCCGGAGAGCGCUGCUGCGGAGUGGGGCAUUUCCAUGGAGCCGCGGCCUCCCAGAGUGACUUCUCAGGCCCCGAUGAGACCAGUAGUCAAACAACCAAUCUCUGCAGGUCCAGAGAGUGUCGACAUUGAAGGGGGUGCUUCUACCAAGCUGCUGCCUUCCGAACAUUCCCAGUCCACUGUGAGACCUAAACUCCAGCAAAUGUCAAGUUUUGAGGGUGCUGCUGUUGAGGUGGGCAUUUCUGGGAGGUCACUGCCUCCCAAAUAUCCUGCCCAGUCGGUUAAAAAGUUUAAAGUUGAGGAAAUGUCCUCACGUCUAGAGAGCAUGGCAGUUGAAGAAGGCAUAUCUAAGGAAUCGCUGCUUUCCAAUCAUCUUUUCCAGUUGUUCAUGAAGUUUAUGGUCCAGCAAGUCUUUUCAGAGAGCCCUUCUACCGAGGAGGGAAUCUAUGAGGAUCCUCUGUCUUCAAAUCAACCUUCCAAAUCUUUGUCGAGGCCUAAAGUCGAGCACCAAGUUUUCUCAGGCUACGAGGGUACCGAUAUUGAGGGAGGCAUUUUUUUGAAGCAGCUGCCUACGAAAAGCCCUUUACCGUGCUUGGGGAGGCCUGAAGGCCUGCAAGAAGUCUUCUCACGUUCAGAGAGCACUCCUGUAAAGUGGAGUAGUUCUAAAGAGCAGCUGCCUGGCAGACACCCUGGCCAAGCCGAAGAUGAGGCUGAAUUUCAGCCACAGGCUUUCUCAGCAGGCCCGGUGAGUGCACCUGCGGAGUGGAGCGGCUCGGAGGAGCACCUGCGUCCCAGACACCCUUUUCAGGCUCCUGCAGUCCCUGCACAUCAGCAACAGGCGUAUUCAAGUCCCAUGAGUGCUGCUGCUGAGGGAACCACUUUGGAGAGCGAUCCUAGCUGCUGGUCCCUAUGGAGAGACCCAGCUUCUCCAAACAAAACCAAGAAACACAGCCAAGGCUCCGAAGACCUCAUUAAGAACAUCCUGAUUCCUGCUACCAAACCUGUGAAGUUCACCGAUGCUCCUGUCUGGCAAACGUCCACUUCUGGGGGCACUUACUCUGAGGAGGAAGUUCUUGAGAGUGAUGAUCAAGAUAACAGCCAUUCAAAUUCAUCCACCAAUUGGGCUGACAUUGAAAACGUUUUUGGGGUCCGACUGAGAAAAACCUCUUCCUCACAGAAGUAUAAGGGUGAGAAAAAAGACUUUACCAAGCUUCCUUCUGUUUCCCAAAGGGGAAAAGCUCCUGGUCGACAGUCAGAUCAUGCCACCUCAGAGCCAACUUGGAUAACCAUGAUAAAGCAGAGGCAGGGGAGUUUCCAGGCCAACAUUCCUGUGAAAGAGCCAAAAACCAAGAAUAGAGCUGGAGCCAAGGCUGAGACUAAGGAACCUAGAUAUGGGAGAACUGGCCUUGCAGAUGAAAACCAACCAAGGAGGGUUUUCACUUCUGUCAACAGACGGGAGAAGAUGGCACCGAAGCCACCGAAGUCUACCAAAGCAGUGGGAUUCGAAGAUGAGAAGAUAUUUCAAGUACCUUCUAUGGAAAAAGAAACCAGAAGGUCUUCAACUCUCCCAGCCAUGCUACAACAGCCGGCUGAGCCAGUCUGGUUCUCCCUGGCCAAGAAGAAAGCCAAAGCAUGGAGCCAUGUAACAAAACUCAUGCAAUAA